GAUGUGGCACUGGCAGGUGGCACUGAUGAGCACUGACAGCUGGCACUGAUGGACACGGACAGGUGGCUCUGCUGGGGCUACACUGAUCAUCAGGACACACUGAUCACCAGUGCCCUGAUGAUCAGUGCACAUGGAUGAUCAGUGUAGCCCCAGCAGUGCCACCUGUCAGUGUCCAUCAGUACCCUUGUCAGUGCUCAUCAGUGCCUCGUGCCAGUGCGCAUCAGUGCCGCCUAUCAGUGCCAGUCAGUGCCGCCUAUCAGUGCCAGUCAGUGCCGCCUAUCAGUGCUGCCUAUCAGUGCCAGUCAGUGCCGCCUAUCAGUGCCAUGUAUCAAUGCUGCCUUUCAGUGCCCAUCAGUGAUGCCUGUCAAUGCCCAUCAGUGCCACCUACCAGUGCCUCCUCAUCAGUGCCCAUCAGUGCCACCUAUCAGUGUCCAUCAGUGCAGCCUAUCAGUGCCCAUCACUGCAGCCUCAUUAACGCAUAUCAGUGAC